AUGCGGAUGCUGCGCCUUGGCCCUGCGCCCCCGCUGCCUGCGCCCCCCGCGCCCAGCACCGCCUCUCUGUGCAGCCAGGACAGCAGCGAAGGGCAGGACACGCUGCCGGAGCACGGGACGCCCCAGCCCAAGCAGCAGCGAUGGACUGAAGCUGCAGAGGUGUGGGAACGCCGUGGCGCCAGCGCUGCUGGAGAGACCCGCAGCAAGCCCCCGGGGCUGCCCGGCUCGCCGCGCACCCCGGCGCGGCCCGGCAGCGGCGCCCCGGCGGCGCGGGCGCUGGCGGGCAGGAAGCGGCGCCGGCAGGAGCUGGAAGAGGAGCCGGGCACCGCGGAGCGGAGCGGGAAGUCGGCGCGGAAGAGGCUGGAGCUGCAUCGGGACGCGGAGCCGGGACCGCCGGCCGCGGCUUCCAGCCCUCCGGCCACUGCUCGCCCCCCGACACCAUCCUCGCCAGACAAGGCAGCGAAGACCCUGGUUGAGGCAACCCCCGGCACGGGGCAGGACGGAGGGAUGCAGCCCGGCCCCACCAUGCUGGGCCGGAGCAGAGGCUCAGAGCAGGAGAACGUAGCCGAGCUGAAGUGCCGCUUGCAGAGGAUGAAGGCCCUCGCUCAGCUCGCAAAGCUGCCGUCUGCCUCUCCCGAGACCAGCGCUGACCUGAAGAGCCGUCUCAAGCGAGUGCGGGAGUUGGAGCUCAGGAUCCGUGAGAAGAGAGCGGAAAACAAAGCGAAACUGGAAGCGCAGCCCUCGGAGGAGACCAGCGGUUCAGAGGCGAGCGAGAAGGCACCCGCUUACCAGCGGUUCCACACCUUGGCCCAGGACGUCCCCCCGGGGCUCACACUGCCCUACAAAUUCAAGGUGCUGGCGGAGAUGUUUCGCAGCAUGGAUGCCAUCGUGGGGAUGCUCUUCAACCGCUCGGAGACGGUCACCUUUGCAAAAGUCAAGCAGGGGGUGCAGGACGUGAUGCGCAAGCAGUUUGAGGAGCGACACGUGGGCCAGAUCAAGGCGGUGUACCCCACGUCGUACAGGCUCCGCCAGGAGAAGAACAUCCCCACUUUCAGCAGCAGCGUUAAGAAGUCAGACUACCAGCUCACGCUAGAGCCAGUGCUGGGGGAAGAGGAGAAGGUGGACGGCCGCCCUCACUUGUCGGCGUCGCGCCUGCUGGAGCGCAGGAAGGAGUUCAACCGCAACCUGGUGAACAUCGUCAAGCAGCACCACAAGGCGUUCUUGGCCUCCCUGAGCCCCCCGAUGGCGGUGCCGGAUGACGAGCUGAUGCGCUGGCAUCCCCGUUUCAACGUGGACCAGGUGCCGGACAUUGCCCCGGCGGAGCUGCCGCGGCCGCCGCCGGGCGACAGGCUCAGCACGGCCCAGGAGGUGCUCGCCGCCGCCCGGGGUGCGAUGACCCCCAAGAUGGAAAAAGCUCUUGCCAACAUGGCCUUGAAAACAGCUGAAGCGAGCGCGGGGGAGCCGGUGGUUUCCAGCGCGGCGUCCCCUGCCAGCACCUCCAGCGCACUGAAAGGGGUGUCCCAGGCCCUGCUCGAGAGGAUCCGGGCGAAGGAGGCGCGGAAGGUGCAGGCGCUGCUGACCCGCGCCCCGCAGCAGGAGGAGCGGCUCGCCAUGCUGGGGCGGCUGCCGGCCAUGGCCCGCGUCCUGCGCGGCGUCUUCGUGGCCGAGAAGAAGCAGGCGCUGACGCUGGAGGUGGCGUGUGCCCGCAUGACGGACAGCUACUGCACGCAGAUGUCGCCCGGCGCCAUGGAGAAGCACCUGCGCCUCUUCGCCGAGCUGCUGCCCGACUGGGUCAGCGUCCACACCGUCAGGACGGACACCUACAUCAAACUGGACAAGGCCAAGGACCUCAACGCCGUUGCAGCGAGGCUCGCCCAGGCGGCGAAGGAGGCGGAGGCCCGCUGAGCUCCAGCAGGACGUAGCUCCCCCGACCCGCAGGAGCCCCGCGGGCGAGCGGCCGACGGCGCCCGCUCAAGCGGC